UCUUCGUUCUAGUGACAACAGAUAUCCAAGAGGAAGGAUCAUGCGCGUUUUCGUGUUUCUCGUCGCCGGUCUGGCGAUCGUAUCAGCUGACAUUGGCCUGAAGUUGCGUCAGGCCGCUGCGGCACAAGGAGGACAGUCGAGUUACGACGUGGGCCAAGGUUCCGUUUCGGUUGACUACUCGCCAUCUCAGUACGACCAGGUGGUCAGCAGUGUUGGUAGUGCUGGUGCCGCCAGUGGAAAAUCUGUAGGAUUUAACAGUGCCGUUUCGUCGAAUAGCGUGUUUUCGCAAAAUUCUGCAUCCGCUGCUAGUGGUGGCCAGUACCAAGCUGGAUUCGAAGCUGGUUUAGCUGCCGGUCGUUCUGGUAUUGCUAUUGGUGGAGCCAGUGGUGGAGCAAGUGCAGGAGCCAGUGAUGGUUCGGCUUCCUUCGGUGGAAGUGCUGCCAGAUUCGGUGGCAGUUUCGGAGGAGGUGCAGCUCAGUCCAAUGUUGGUGGAUCGGCCGGAGCUGCCAGUUUUGGCGGAUCGUCCAGUGGAGGUGCAACUUCGAGUGGUGCUGCGUCGAUUGGCGGAGGUGCUGCUGCCAGAUUUGGUGGUGCAGCUUCCUCUGGGGCUUUCGCUGGAGCGUCCGCUGGAGCUAAAUCCGGCGGAAACGUCAAAUACUUCACUAAACCAGAGAUUGUGAAGAAGCAUUUCUACUACCAUGCGGCACCUGAAGUUGAGGCUGAUGCCGAAGCCGAGGCUCGUGUCGAGAUUCAACCCCAGACCCACUACAAGGUCCUGUUCAUUAAGGCCCCAACUGCUUCGGCUGCUGCUGCCGCUCGGGCCGCUGCUCGUACCCGCACUCAGGAGAAGACCAUUGUUUAUGUGUUGGUUGGUAAAUCCGAAGGUGGAGCCGAUUCUUCCGCUGAUGCCGCUGUCGAUACUUACAACAGUGCUAAACCCGAAGUCUACUUCAUUAAGUAUCAGGGCAAGAGUGCAGCUAAGGCUAACGCUGGUGCAAGCGCAGGAGCAUUUGCAGGAGCAACUAGUGAUGCAGGUUUCGGCGGCGCCGAUGGUGGCGCCCAAAGCUUCGGUGGUGCACAAAGUUUCGGAGGUUCCCAAAGUUUCGGUGGUGCCCAAAGCUUUGCUGAUAGCCAAAGUUUCGGAGGCGCCGCCCGUUUCGGAGGUGACGAAGGUUCCAGUGGUGUUUCCGGAGGAUUCACUUCCGGUACUUCCAGUUCUUCGGCUGACUCCGGUGCUUCCUUCUCGGGAGCGGCUAAUUUCGGUGGCAGUUUCGAUGGUGGUGUUAGUUCCGAUGCUGUUCCUGCUGAUGCUUCCAUUGUCAGUGGUGCUUUCGGUGCAAAUGCCGCCUCGUUUAGCUCCGGUACCACUUUUGACGCUGUUCCGACUUUCGUCUCGGGAGCAUCUGAUGGCUCUGCUGCACAAUCGUUUACAUUCGGUGCAGGAUCUGAGGGAUCAUCGUCCGGCUCUUCGACGUCCUUCAGCUCGGGCAAUUUCUAAGAACGAUCAAAAAACGCAUUAGACACUAGGUCGAACGAUAACUGGAACUUGAUAACGGACGCCGAAUGACAACUGUGAACUCGUGGAAAAACAACGUGGUCAAAUCUAAAAUAAGUUUAUUUUGCUUUAGGAUGAACUUUCGCGGUUAUGGAGAACGAACGCAAGAACGAAAGAGAGAGAUUAAAAUCAUGAAUUAAAUACGACUGCCAUAUAAGUGUAUAGCACGAGAAGCCAACUUUGUUCUAUGUAUAAGACUUGUGAGAUUUAGAAAGAGACACAAAAAAAGUAUUAAAACUA